UCUAACUCUUUAGACAGACAGAGACAGAAACAGACAGAGAAAGACAGAGACAGAGACCGACAGAGACAGAGAAAGACAGAGAGAUAGAGACAGACAGAGAGACAGACAGACAGACAGACAGAGAGAGACAGACAGAGACAGACAGAGGGAGAGAGAGACAGAGAGAGAUAGAGAGAGGAUGGGGUUUUUGUGUGGGUUGUUUCUUCUGCUCACUCUACCUGUGCUGGCUCUGACUGAAGUGGUGACAUCUUUCUCAAAAUGUCCUCAGUUUUUUUGGAAAGAUCAAAAUGGAAAGGCUGUCACUCCAACGAUAUUUACACAAGUGACGAAUGGUCAUGAUCGUUACCAGAAGAUCUGUCAGAGAUACAAAAACCUCUAUCAGUUUGCGACUCUUUAUGACACAGCUCACAGGAUCCCGGUGUACUCCGCAUUUAACUUCACAGGCAUUCAGAAGUGCAGCAGAAAGAGUGACUGGCUCAUUGAACCCAUGCUUGACGUCAUCAACGGCAGUCCUGAAAUGACCACUGAAAACAAGGUCCAAAACUUGGGUCAGAAUCAAGCAGUCAAUGAGGAUUAUGUUAAAACUGGAUAUGACAAGGGUCACCUGUACCCCGUGUCUCAGGCAGACGAUCAGUGCACAGCGUUUGCCACCUUCACCCUGACCAACGCAGCUCCACAGCACCUGCGCUUCAACAGGGGUGUGUGGAAUCAAAUGGAGAGAGCUGUUCUUAAUUACAUGAAUACAAACUGCCAACUGAAUAAUAAUAUUGCAUACAUCGUGACAGGAACAGUACCGAGCAAUCCAAGCAAACUAAUGAACAAUAGAGUGAACAUACCAAAGUACUUCUGGAAUGCCUUUUGCUGCUUUGACAAAAAUUGUAGAAAGUGGGUGUCAAAGGCUCAUAAAGGUCCGAACGACGACACCGGAACACUCCUGGAACUGAGUCUGAAUAAUCUGGAAGCAGGACUGUCCCAAGAUUAUGGUCAGGCAUUCUCUGUAUUCGGAGGACAAUGCCAAAAUGAUAUUAACAAACCUAUCUAUCCUAAACCCUGAAUUCACAUUAAAGAAACCAAAUAAAUCUCCUUCAAUAUGAAAGCAAUGUUCUUUGAAGAGAGUUAUUAGAGGCUUUAUUGUCAUUGUUUGCUAAUUACAAAAUUACAAACUCAUUUCCUGUUCCUGUUCUUGACUAUAUUUUGUUGUGUGGUGUGUGUG